AUGGCACCUGCUAAGACUACUUUGUCGAACUGGGACCCUGUAUUACUUCUGUCUCAAAUUUUCUCCAUGCAAGCACUACACUAUUUGACAUUAUCAAUAAUUGUACCUCCACUAUUAGCCACCUUUGCCGAUACAGCAUCAUUGAACUAUGAAGGAGGGGCGGCCAGUGUGGGAAUGAUUAUGGACUGGCGGCAAAUGGCAGGGAGACCCACUGUCAUUGGUAUGCCCAUAGGAGAGAAGUGGUGGGCGUGGAGCGGAGGUCGUAAAAUCGGAUAUGGAUGGAGAGAAGAUCAAUGGGAUGGAAAAAUGGACCCUAUGCGCGGGUGGAUAAUUGCUAUCUGCUGGAUAGUGGCUUGUUCCGCCGACAUUUAUUACCUGUACAAGCUUGUUCGCCGGCCACGACUUAUCCUUGACUUUGCAUUAACUCUUGUAUUCAACCAUCUUGUCCUCACGACUUACUAUUCGGCGGCGCUACCAACAUCACUCUUUUUCUGGCUUGUGCUUCUUGGCGGGGCAGUUCUUACUAUCAUAGUAGCUGAACAACUUUGUGUGAAACGAGAGAUGGCAGAAGGUUUGAACGUGGCACCGAUUCGACCUGAAGAUAUUCAGGUGGAAGAAAUGGAAAUGGGCGGCCUAUUACCCAGGAUAGAUUGA